AUGACGUAUACUCUUCAAAAUCUGUUUAACGGUGGCAGCGAUGUUUCCGAUGUAUUUUCUGAAUUUCAGGGCCAGGAAAGGCCUUCAUCUUCAAAUGUUCUUAGUUCUGAAGAAUUGAGUAGUGCGGGGGAAGGAGAAAAUUCUGCACAAAAGAAACCAAAAACCAAAGGCUGUAAAACAACACCAGAGAACAAAGAAAAAGGUAAACGAAAACGUGGCAGACAACUGAAUAAAUUUUGCGAUUCUUGGCUCAACGACCCAGAAUUCAGUAAGUGGCUAGCAAAAUCAACAAAUAAAAAAAACGGACAUGAAUAUGCGUUUUGCAAAGUCUGUAACAGUGAAAUAAUUGCUCAUCGCAAUGAUAUUCGCCGACAUAGUUCCUCGGAGAAGCAUUCAUACAAUGCCAAGCAAAUAUUUACGAACCGAACAGUAGUGGAUAUGAAUUAUCUUGCUCCUGAUGAUCUUACCAAAAGGGCGGAGCUGAAACUGUGCAGUUUGUUGGCUACCAAUAAUCUGCCAUUCUCAUUGAUUUUUAAAAAACAUUUUUCCGGAUUCAAAAAUUGCGGCCAAAAUUGCUGUCAAACGAACCAAGGCUACGUCUAUGAUAACAGAAAGUUUAGGCAAAACUUUUAA